AUGCGGGUGGAAAAAGCGCCGCUCCGCGUCGGCUUGGAACGUGGAGGUAGUGCUUGCAUGAGCGUCUACAUCCACAUGAGCGUCUACAUCCACAUGAGCGUCUACAUCCACAUGAGCGUCUACAUCCACAUGAGCGUCUACAUCCACAUGAGCGUCUACAUCCACAUGAGUGUCUACAUCCGCAUGAGCGUCUGCAUCCGCAUGAGCGUCUGUAUCCGCAUGAUCGUCUGCAUCCACUUUGGAUGCGACGUGGAAUUCCUGGAACUGCUAGCGAUUACCUUCGAUUCCCUUCAUCAUCGUCUCCCACGGCUCGUUCUCCACGAGUGGAUAGUCGGCCGGGGAGAGAGAGACGGCGAGUGCGUCGUCGUCGUCGUCCGAGAUGAGAGGUCGAGGUUCGCUCCGCACUAUUUUUAUUCCCGGGAUCGCCGUCGGAGGAUCUCCGUCUCCAUGGAAGUGAUUACGUGGAAUGCGGCUCUCCGUCCGGCAAGGAAUCCCGUGAAAGAGGAUCCCGUGAAGGAGGAUCCCGUGAAAAAGGAUCCGGUGUCUUCCGUCCGCCUUCGGUGUUUGCCCGACACGGGGGCGUUUGAGGAGGAUAUCGGCAGGGAGACUCCCGAACCUCCAUGGCCCAUUCGGGCCGACGACCUUCCGAGAUCUUCCGCUGUCGCUGCGUUCGGGCUUAAUUCGGAGGUUGUGGUGAGAGCCUUUUGCCGGGUGCUCUUAACUCUUCGAUCGGGGUGA